AUGGCUUCAAUUUUGUCCUUUUCCGUUUCUUCUCUUCCUCUCCCAAAAUCUCAAUCUCAGGAUCCCGAUUCUUCUUGCUCCGGUAAAAGUAACGAUAAGAGUGGUGGUUGUUGUUUCCCGCCAUCGUUUGAACGGAGGAAGCUGAUUCUCUCUUCCGUUGCUGUUAUUGCUGGAAGCUUUUGUAAUGGCGGAAUUUCUCUUGCGUCUGAAUUUGCCGACAUGCCUGCGCUUAGAGGGAAGGAUUAUGGUAAAACAAAAAUGCGAUACCCAGAUUACGUAGAAACUGAAUCUGGACUACAAUAUAAGGACUUGCGACCAGGGAAUGGCCCUAAACCGAAGAAAGGAGAGAUAGUAGUGGUAGACUGGGAUGGCUACACCAUAGGUUAUUAUGGUCGCAUAUUUGAAGCCCGGAAUAAAACGAAAGGUGGUUCCUUUGAGGGCGAUGAUAAGGCCUUUUUCAAAUUCAGAAUAGGAUCUCAAGAGGUAAUACCAGCUUUUGAAGAGGCUGUUUCAGGCAUGUCUCUUGGAGGCGUUCGAAGGAUAAUUGUGCCUCCAGAACUUGGAUAUCCUGAGAAUGAUUAUAAUAAAAGUGGCCCAAGACCUAUGACAUUCUCGGGCCAACGAGCUUUGGAUUUUGUUCUAAAGAAUCAAGGGCUGAUAGACAAGACUCUCUUGUUUGAUAUUGAGCUAAUGAAGAUUAUUCGAAACUGA